AUAAUUCUGUUUCCCUCUAAAUACAAAAAUACCUUCUCUUUCUCAAUUCUCUCUCCUCCUCCUCCUCACAAUUAUUUCCACAAUCGAGGAGAGGAUUGAGGAAAAAAAAAAAAACAGAUCAAACAAAUCUUUCCAAGAUCUUUAUCACUCUUUCAAUUUGUUCUUUUGUUUCCAUUAUUAACAACUUCAACAAUGGGUUUCAACAACAAUUAUAGUCGUAAUUCAUCCAUUUCGAGCUCUUUGACGCUUGGAGAGAAACUUUGCGCUGUAGUUAUACCUUUCGUCGCUAUCGUUGAGGCGCUUGCUUUCGGUGUUGCUCAUUGCUUUGAAUUGGAUCUUCCUAGAAUUCAGAAGAAGAAGAAGGAUAAAUGCGAAUUUCAAUUCUCCGACCUAGCUCGCCUUGCUAAGGAAUCUCGAUUCACUGUUAAUGAAGUGGAGGCAUUGUUUGAGUUAUUCAAGAAAUUAAGCAGUUCAAUUAUCGAUGACGGCUUGAUUCACAAGGAGGAACUUCAGUUAGCACUUUUCAGAAGUUCGUUUGGUGAAAAUCUUUUUGUGGACCGGGUAUUUGAUAUCUUUGAUGAGAAAAAAAACGGUGUCAUCGAAUUUGAGGAAUUCAUUCAUGCUCUGAGUGUGUUUCAUCCCUAUGCGCCGAUUGAAGAUAAAAUUAAUUUUGCGUUUAGGCUGUAUGAUCUGAGACAAACUGGGUUUAUUGAACGUGAGGAAGUUAAACAGAUGGUAAUAGCCAUUCUAUCUGAAUCGGGGUUGAAUUUGUCAGAUGAACUUGUAGAGGCUAUCCUUGACAAGACGUUUGCCGAUGCUGACGCUGACGGAGAUGGUAAAAUCUGCAUAGAAGAGUGGAAAGAAUUUGUUCUUCGUCAUCCCACUCUUUUGAGGAACAUGACUCUUCCAUAUCUCAAGGAUGUAACCACAUGUUUUCCGAGUUUUAUUUUUAAUACUGAAGUUGAGGAAGAGCCAUAUUCCUACAAGGGGAUAACCACGGUGAAGAUAAAAAAGUGAAGGUAUCCCAAAAGACAAGGCCAUCUAGAAUAUUGAUCAAUGUCAGGAAGUCUGGUGUUGUGCCGUUGACUAAAUUAAGGGUGGUUUGGGUAGCCACCAUUCUUUUGCGGGAUCUGCAGUGGGGCUUAACUGCAUUGAGGAGCAACCACACUUGAUACGAUUGAUCCAUAAUAGGAAGCCCGUGAAGUGCGAUGUAUUUCUCUAUAUAGGGCUUGACCUGCUCGAGGAGUUUAGGGGCCUUUUAAUCUUCAACAAAUCAAUCCUUUCUCCCAAAAUUGGGUGCCCCUGCAUAAAUUUUCGAAUAGCCUUCUUUUUACAGGGUCGAAUAGCUUUUGUAUUCGAGUUGGGCUAUUUGGCCAAGGGUUUGGUAGCAAACAAGAAGUUCAAUUGCUCAUUUGCCUUUAUCUGAUAACCCAGUUUUUCUCUCUUUGCUUGAGCAGAUAAGGGUAAAUGGGUAAUUGUAUUUGCUUGUUUGCUUCCUAACCGUUGUCCAAAUAGAAUUUUUCUUUGAAUUCCAUCAGCUUGAUGGAUAUACAUAUUUGUAAAAAAAUAUUGGUUCAAUCUAAGCAAGUGUAAUUAUAUUUGAAAGAA